UGUCUUGCAGUGUCCCGGUGCCCGUCCCUGCCUGACACUGGCGUGAUGGCUGGGGCCCAGGGCUGCAGUGAGGGCAAGAUCGCAGGGCUGUAUGACCUGGAGCGCACGCUGGGCAAGGGCCACUUUGCUGUGGUGAAGCUUGCCCGCCACGUCUUCACGGGGCAGCGGGUGGCUGUGAAGGUGAUCGACAAGAGCAAGCUGGCAGGCGAGGCAGCAGGGCAACUUCUGCAGGAGGUGCGCUGCAUGAAGCUGGUGCAGCACCCCAACGUGGUGCGCCUCUACGAGGUCAUCGACACCCACUCCAAACUCUACCUCAUCCUGGAGCUGGGUGACGGCGGGGACAUGUUUGACCACAUCAUGCGGCACGAGGGCGGCCUGGCUGAGGGACGUGCCAAGCACUACUUUGCACAGAUCGUCCAUGCCAUCUCAUACUGCCACAAGCUGCAUGUGGUGCACCGUGACCUCAAGCCUGAGAACGUAGUCUUCUUCCAGGAGCAGGGGGUGGUCAAACUCACAGACUUUGGCUUCAGCAACCGAUUCCAGCCUGGCAAGAUGCUCACCACUAGCUGUGGCUCCCUGGCAUACUCGGCACCUGAGAUCCUGCUUGGAGAUGAGUAUGAUGCACCGGCUGUUGACAUCUGGAGCUUGGGUGUCAUCCUCUACAUGCUGGUGUGUGGCCACCCACCCUUCCAGGAGGCUAAUGACAGCGAGACGCUCACCAUGAUCAUGGACUGUCGCUACACUGUCCCACCACACGUGUCAGCACAGUGCUCUGAUCUCAUCUCCAGGAUGCUGCAGCGGGACCCCAAGCAGCGUGCUUCCCUGGAGCAAAUUGAGGGCCACGCAUGGCUGCAGGGGGUGGACCCAUCCCCUGCCAGCCACUCCCUGCUGCCCCUCACGUCACACAAGCGGGUGUCCGAGGAGGAGCACAACAUCAUCAUCCAGGCCAUGACGUGUGGGAACAUUGCAGACCGGGACACCAUCCAGGAGGCUCUCGAGGCUGACCGCUACAACCACAUCACGGCUACAUACUUCCUGCUGGCAGAGAGGAUGCUGAGGGAGAAGCAGGGCCGCCGCCUAAGCCUUGUCUACAACCUGGCCAAGCAGGUCCAGAGCAGGACCAACUUGUCGGACACUUUCAGCCCUAUGGGCAGAACCAGCGACCUUUCACCUUUCACAGAGGUGCCAACCAGCCUCACUGCAGGUCCCAGCUCCCAGCCACCCUCCCUGCACAUCAGGGGCAGUGAUGGAGAUGUCAGCCAUGGCAGCAGACAGCACACUCGAGCACUGCUGAAGGCCCCUAUGAUCGAGACAACUAUUACCAAGAGCGCCCCGGCCCUGCAGCAGAUCUGCGAGGAGGAGGAGGAAGACGAGGAAGAGGAGAAGAAACCCAAUGUGAUUGAAAGGAAAAGCAGCUCAUUGAACCAGGAGCAGAUGCGAGACUUCCUGCACUCCAGGGCCUGCCGUCUGUCAUGCCACGGGGAGGCACUGGGCUUGGGGGCAGAACCAGCUCCGUGGCGUGAGGCAGGGGGCUGGGGCAUGUGCCAGCCGGUGACAGGUGCUCGGGGAUGUCCUGGUUGGGAUGGGAAGGGUGGGAUCAGAGAAGGGCAUGGAGAGCUCGGGGCCGGCAGAUGCUCCCUGGAGAUGCGGGGCAAUGGAGCAGCAGGCAAAGCUGAGCCCACCAUGAAGAAGGAAGCGGCUGAGCGCAGGGACGCUUGGGCAGAGACCCCCAAGGAAAUGGGUGCUGUGCUGUCACCCAAGAGCUGUGAAAACCCUCGUGCUGGGGUACCACAGGCCCAAGGGGCAGAGACAACCUCCACUACCCUACUGGGCUCACUGGGGCCCGGGGUCAAGUCCCAAGGGCCCGAGGCACCCACCAAACCUUUCAGCCAAGCCAAGCCAGUGGCAGAGAGCUCCAUCCCUGGCCCUGGGGGCACGGAGGCAGGUGUGGAGAACGUGAUAAAGCUGGACCCAGGUAAACACAAGAGUGCCAGCCUCAGAGAGAGGAUCCUGCAGUUCCCACUGUGUGAGAAAGCCCUGGCCUUCAAAAUCCGGCCCAGCUCCAAGGAGAGCCUCCUGUCAUUGGGACAGUUCAACUGUUGCCAUGUGAUUUAGGCCCAGGCCCAUGGUUUUAAGGGAACCACCCCAUCGCUAGGGAUGUGAGUGUGGCCCCAUGACUAGGGUGCUGGCAGGCACAGGGCUGAGAGGCAUCAUGCUGUUUCAACCCUGUUCCCUUCUGUUUCAUCAUUCCUUUGCCCCACAGAGCAGAACCUGAGGGACUGGGGAUGGGCAUGCUACCCUCCCAUGUGGCCCUGCUCCACUUGCUUUUCCACCCCUUCCUGCAGUCCCCAACCUGCCUGCUCUGUGCCACUUCCCACUGGCACCCAGGGCCUAGCUUCCACCCUGGGUACCUGCAGCUGCUCUUUGCAGGCUGGCUGGGCACCAAGCAGGAGGUAAGCUUGGACAGAGCAUCCCCAGGGCACCAAUCACAGUCAGAGAGAGCUGUCACCCUCUCUGGGUCAUUGGGACAGCCCCCAAUGCCCAGCAAAGAGCCCCAUUUCCUCCAUCUGGGCUAGAAAUGAGGUCUAUGGUGGUUGUGCAGCUGGCAAAUGCUGGUGCUACCCAUUUCCUUCCUACCGUUGGGCCCACCCUCCACCAGGGUGGGGUUCCCUCCCUGCACAGGUUGACAUGCCCUGAAAUCCCUUGGGCAUCUCCAGGGUCCAGCUGGCCACCAGCCCACCACUGGCUGGGGGAUGGGGAGGCAGA